GUAUAAAUAAUGGAUCCUGACUUAGAAGCAUAUCAAUGCUAUGUCAUUUGCGAAGAUUCUCGAUUUUGCAAAAACGCAAACCCAGAUUGAUACUGGCAAAACCAUUACGACGACCUUGCCAAACAAGCUGAUGAUUUUUGAUACGAUUCAACACCAAGCGAUUCAGAACAUCCCAACUACGACCAUCUAAGCCCCUACAACACCCACAAUUCCUCAGAUUCCUCCUCUUCCAACUCUUUCCCCUUCACCUCCAGCUCCUCUGAUACCCUCACCAACCCUAAAGGGUUAUAGUAGAGUCUCUUGAGAAUGAGUUGUUGGGACUUGAGCAGAGAUUGGAGAAAGAGGAGAAAAUUUUGGAAGUGAAUAAGAGGAAAGAAGGGGUUAUUGAGAGGUUAGAACAAGAGUUAAGUGAGGUGAAGCAAGAGACGCAGGAAUUGGAUUUUAGUCAAGUUGAAUUAGACCAGAAAGAAGCUAAUCUUGCCAAAAAGCAGGCUGAUAAGGUUGAGAGAAAAUAUAACACUGCUCAAAGAAGAGCUCAAGCCUAUCAAAAAUAAAUGAAUAGAAAGAGGAUUACUGACUGAAAACAACAGCGAAUCACAAGAAAAUUACACAGAAAAAUACACAGAAUUACAAAACACCUUAAGAAGCAUACUCCACUCAACCCCCGCUCAAAACCCUAAAGUACCUCAUCUCCUACACCUCCUCGACAUCAAACCCUACAAACCCUCUCCUCUCUAAAAUUCCAAAGUCCCAAAAAUUCAUAUUUUCA